AAUGUCACCAAAUAUAUUAAUAAAUUCAACUAAUUAUUCCUCUUCUUCAUUAUUAUUUAUUUCUUCUUCCUCUCCUUCUCCAUUCUUGCCAACACCUUCAUCUAAUAAUAAUUUAGAUAAUCCACCAUCCCAACAUGUUAUUCAACGCUCAACUGCCGAAAUUGUUGAAAUUCUCAUGUAUUCAUUGUGCCUAUGUAUUGGCGGCCCAUUAAAUUUAUUUUCAUUUCGCCGUCUUAUUUCACAAAUUAGACGCCCUAUCCGUCAACAACAAUUUGGUUCCCAACUUCUUUUGCUCAAAUUAAAUUUAAAUAUUGCUGAUUUAAUUACAAUGUUUGUCUACACACUUUCACAAAUUAUUUGGAUGAUUACCUUUCAAUGGCAUUUUGGAGAUUUUCUCUGUAGAAUUAUUAAAUUCUUCCACACAUUUUCUUUUUAUUUAAAUUCUUUUAUUGUUGCCUGUUUUGCUAUUGACAGAUUUUUUGGAACAAGAAAUUUAAAUUCCCCAAUUGCUUCUAAUGUUGCACAAAAAAGAAUUAAAAAAAUGUUAAUUUUUGCUUGGAUUUGGGCUACUUUACUUAGUAUUCCACAAUUUUUUAUUUUUAGAGUUUUUGAACCUUUGGAACUUAAAAAUUUUAAACAAUGUACACCAAUUUGGACAAUUAUUGGUUACGAAUUAGAUUUAAAAAUGGGGACAUUAAAUGAAUCUGAUAUUGAGGGGAAAUUAAAAAUAUUUCAAAAAUUUUCUCAAGUUGUUGCUUGGGAACGUUUUUAUAAUAUGGCACAUUUAUUAUUUCUUUUUUGGAUUCCUUCUUUAUUAAUUGCAGCUUCAUAUACAGCAAUAUUAAUUACUUUAAAUUCACUUUCUGUUGUUCCAGAAAAAAUAAGUAUAAAUUUAAAUAUUUAA